GCGGCUGUCUGUGGAUCGUCCACGUUUACACAAAAUAGCGGCGUGUCACACAACAGGUGGAUUGAUUCAACUUGUUUAGAAAUUCUACAAUUUAGGAACAGUAGGUUAAGCAGCCAUGAAGUCCACCACAGCUUACAAGGCUCCAUCAUGGCUGGGUCGUAUGUCCCUAGAGAAACAAGAAACCCUGCUCAAGUUCUGCAUACUGACUUUCUGUAUGAUCCUUUCUUUCUCAACCCGUCUUUUCUCCGUGCUGCGCUUUGAAAGUGUCAUCCAUGAGUUUGAUCCUUACUUCAACUAUCGGACAACGAGAUUCUUAGCGGAGGAAGGUUUCUACAAGUUUCACAACUGGUUUGAUGAUCGGGCAUGGUACCCACUUGGGCGUAUCAUUGGGGGAACCAUCUACCCAGGUUUAAUGGUGACCUCUGCAGUCAUCUACCAUGCAAUGAACUUCCUGCAUCUGUCCAUUGAUGUCAGGAAUGUCUGUGUGUUCCUGGCUCCUCUCUUCUCAUCACUGACUACCUUAGUGACUUACCAUCUCGCUAAGCAACUUAAGGACACUGGAGCUGGAUUAGUAGCCGCAGCAAUGAUCUCCAUCGUGCCUGGUUAUAUCUCCCGUUCAGUGGCUGGUUCCUAUGACAAUGAGGGUAUAGCCAUCUUCUGUAUGCUUCUGACUUACACUCUAUGGAUCAAAUCCGUCAAGACAGGAUCCAUGUUCUGGGCAGCUCUCUGUGCUCUUGCCUACUUCUACAUGGUUUCGUCCUGGGGUGGAUACGUGUUCCUCAUCAAUCUGAUCCCAAUGCAUGUGUUGGCCUUGAUGGUUACCGGUCGAUUCAGCCAUCGCAUCUAUGUAGUCUACAACACUGUCUACUGCCUGGGGACCAUCCUCUCUAUGCAGAUAUCAUUUGUGGGCUUUCAACCUGUGCAGUCAAGUGAACACAUGGCUGCUUUGGGUGUGUUUGGACUGUGUCAGAUUCUGACCUUCGUGGAGUAUGUACGAUCUCGUCUCAGCCAGCAUUACUUUGAUGUCCUGUUCCGUAGUGUUAUGCUGAUUGUUGGUGUGACUGUAGGAGCUGUUGGGGCUGUUCUCAUGGCAACAGGAAAGAUCUCACCAUGGACUGGUCGUUUCUAUUCCCUGUUGGAUCCUUCAUAUGCUAAGAAUAACAUCCCAAUCAUUGCAUCUGUUUCUGAGCAUCAGCCUACUACAUGGAGUUCAUUCUACUUUGAUCUACAGAUGCAUGUUUUCAUGUUCCCUGUUGGUAUGUACUACUGCUUCUCUAAGCUGACUGACGCUAACAUCUUCAUCAUACUGUAUGGAGUUACUAGUCUCUACUUCUCGGGUGUGAUGGUACGUCUGAUGUUGGUCCUAGCUCCAGUCAUGUGUAUCCUGUCAGGCAUUGGCAUCUCCUCCAUCUUGACCACCUACGUCAAGAAUCUAGACAUCAACAAGAGUGAUAAGAAGUCCAAGAAAGCAGAAGCAUCCAACUACCCCAUCAAGAACGAGGUUGCCACUGCUGUGGUUCUCAUGAUGACGAUGUUCUUAAUCACCUACACCUUUCAUUGUACUUGGGUAACAUCUGAAGCGUACUCCUCUCCAUCCAUCGUCCUAUCAGCCAGGGCUGGAGACGGAGGCAGAAUCAUCUUUGAUGACUUCCGUGAGGCUUACUACUGGCUCAGACAUAACACUGAAGAGGACGCCAAAGUGAUGUCAUGGUGGGAUUAUGGGUAUCAGAUAACGGCCAUGGCGAAUAGAACCAUCCUAGUGGAUAACAACACUUGGAACAAUACGCAUAUAUCACGUGUUGGACAGGCUAUGGCCUCUACAGAGGAUAAAGCAUAUGAGAUUAUGAGAGAGCUUGACGUGAACUACGUGCUGGUUAUAUUUGGUGGCCUGACUGGUUACUCUUCAGAUGAUAUUAACAAGUUCCUAUGGAUGGUGCGUAUUGGUGGCAGCACAGACACAGGACGUCACAUCAAAGAGACUGACUACUACACACCACAAGGAGAGUUCCGUGUCGAUAGAGAAGGCUCACCCACACUGCUCAACUGCCUCAUGUAUAAAAUGUGCUACUAUCGCUUUGGAAAAGUCUACACAGAAUCAGGCAAGCCAACAGGAUACGACCGUGUCCGCAACGCAGAGAUCGGCAACAAAGAUUUUGAAUUAGAUGUUCUAGAAGAAGCCUACACUACCGAACAUUGGUUGGUUCGCAUCUACAAAGUCAAAGACUUACAGAACCGUGGCGCGUAAUCACUCCUUGUUUUAGCCUCGCAACAUAGAAUAGACUAGGAUUUUACACUUCUAAGGUUUUUUACAAUUCCAACUAACCAUGCAGUGAAAACUAAAAUUGUUGCUUUACACUUGAAAGUUGGUAUAGACCUGUUGAAUAUGACGUCACCGUUCAAAUAUCUGACCUACAAGAUGGUGCGUGUGCGUAUGUGUGUGCGUGCAUGUGCCGUAGAAAUUUAACCGGUGCUUCCCAGGGUGCUUCUUUGGGUGCUUCUUUGAUGUACGCAUUUGGCAGUGCAUACGGUUUGCCCUACAAGAUAGCGACUUUCAUAGCAAAAAAGGGGUUACUUAUUCAAUACGGUCUAUACAAAUUUGUGUGCCACCUCGUACCACAAGUAGGCGUUAGAUGUAAGCUGCUUUACUAGCAUUUGAAAAUAGGCAGAUACUAUCAUGUAUAAUCAUAUCAAUCUAUCCUGGGCCCUAUUUCUUAAAGCUAUUAAGCAAAACAUACUGCUAAGCGAAUUUCUGUGUUCAGCAUACUAUUAGUGGGGCACCAGUUGCUAUAAUGUCAACCUUAUGGAAUUUUGGCUGGUAACCAGUUUCUGUUAAGCAAGAUUUU